AGAAAUGCCCUCCAAUCACACUCACCAUAAUUCACCCCCUUCUGCUGUACCUACCUACACUUAACCAUUACCACUAUUUCUCUCACUAUACAUAUAUAUAUAUAUAUAUGAUUGCCUUGCAACUGUGAGCUAAUUAACCAUUCUGAUAAUUCCGAAGAAAUCAAAAUAUGGAGCUGAAACCGAGCGACGGCAGCAGGUCGUCGAGCAAGCACGAUGACGAAGAAUCCGCUAAUAAAAGCACCACCAGCGGCGGGGGCGGCGGAAGCUACCCGCCGGCGGAGGAUCUGAGCCUGAAGAGUCUCUCGAAGCUCAUAGUGCCUCCGUUGGGCGUGUCCGCCGACGCCGCUGCGCCGGAGAACGAUUCUCCCAAUCGAAGAAUCAUAUCUCCCAUGGAUUCCAGAUACAGAUGGUGGGAGACGGUGAUGGUGAGCCUGGUGACUUACUCGGUUUGGGUGUGCCCGUACGAGAUCGCAUUCCUGAACUCGAAUCCGACGGCGGCGCUGUACAUCGCCGACAACAUCGUCGACGUCUUCUUCGCGGUGGAUAUCGUGCUCACGUUCUUCGUCGCCUACAUUGAUCCCACCACUCAUUUACUUGUCACUAAUUCAUCCAAAAUUGCUAAAAGGUAUUUGUCGACGUGGUUUAUAAUGGACGUGGCCUCUACUCUACCGUUUGAGACUAUAGCCUUCUUUAUUACUGGAAAACACCACGGCGGCGUCACCUACUCCCUCCUCGGAAUGCUCCGUUUCUGGCGGCUCCGCCGCGUCAAGACUUUUUUCACCCGGCUUGAAAAGGACAUCAGAUUUAGCUAUUUCUGGAUCAGAUGCGCCAGACUGCUCUUCGUAACGUUAUUGCAAGUGCAUUGCGCGGCGUGCUUGGCGUAUCUGUUGGCCGACCGUUAUCCGAACGGCGGGAACACAUGGAUAGUAUCGGCCAUACCGAAUUUCAAGGAGACGACACUCCUCAUACGCUACAUCUCAGCCCUCUACUGGUCGGUGACCACCAUGACCACCGUCGGCUACGGCGACAUUCACGCCGUCAAUGCCCUCGAGAAGGUCUUCAUCAUCUUCUACAUGCUCUUCAACCUCGGCCUCACUGCCUACAUCAUCGGCAACAUGACCAACCUCGUCGUCGAAGGCACCCGAAGGACCAUGGAAUUUAGGAAUAGCAUCGAGGCCGCGUCAAGCUUUGUGUCCCGAAAUCAUCUCCCUCCGAGGUUGAAAGAGCAAAUUGUGGCCUACAUGUGUUUAAGGUUCAAGGCCGAGUGUCUAAACCAACAACAACUCAUCGAACAACUGCCGAAAACCAUCUGUAAGAGUAUCCAACAACACCUCUUUCUCCCAACGCUCGAGAAAGUUUAUCUCUUCAAAGGCGUGUCGCGCGAAAUCCUCCUUGUUCUGGUUGCGGACAUGAAGGCCGAGUACAUUCCCCCGAGAGAGGAUGUGAUCAUAGAGAAUGAGGCCCCCGACGACAUCUACAUCAUUGUGUCGGGGGAGAUUGAAAUGAUCGAGUGCGAGAAGGAGAAGGAGAAGGUCAUAUGGGGUUUCCAUUCCGGUGACAUUUUUGGUGAAGUCGGAGCAUUCUGUUCCACACCUCAAACGUAUACAUAUCGUACCAAGACUUUGUCUCAGCUACUCCGCCUCAAAACCACAGCUUUAAUUGAAGCCAUGAAGCCGAGACAAGAAGACAACGUCACGAUGCUUAAGAACUUCCUUCAGCAUCAUAAAAAGCUCAAGGAUCUACGUCUGGGGGACUUGUUUCUCGAAGGAGGUGAGGAAGAUGGGGAUUCCAACAUGUCGAUCAAUUUGCUAACAGUUGCCGGCACAGGCAAUGCCGCAUUUCUAAAUGAGCUGCUAAAAGCGGGGCUCGACCCUGAUGUUGGCGACGUGAGAGGAAAAACUCCAUUGCAUAUAGCCGCAUCGAAGGGGCACGAGGAUUGUGUCGUCGUCCUUCUAAAGCACGCAUGUAGCUUGCACUUGAGAGAUUCGCACGGCAACACGGCGCUAUGGGAUGCCCUCGCGGCGAAGCACCAUUCGAUCUUCAAAAUCUUGUACCAUUGGGCUUGCAUCUCCGACCCCUACAUCGCCGGCGACCUUUUGUGCACGGCAGCCAAGCGAAACGACCUCCAAAUACUAAAAGAACUCUUGAAGCACGGCCUAUACGUCGACUCCAAAGACAGGCACGGCCAGACCGCCAUCCAAGUCGCCACAGCCGAAGCCCACAUCGACGUCGUGAAAUUUUUGCUCAUGAACGGGUCCGAAUGCAAUGAAACGGUCCGCGACAACAUCCCCGCUGCAAAUCUAAAUGAAAUCCUGCAGAGGCGCGAAAUCGGACACCAGAUCGUCAUUCCCGCCGAAGCGCCGAGCGAGGUUACCUACAUUGGCGCCGCAAAUGAAAACGGGCAACGGACGGGGAGUAGCGACGGCGGCAAACGGUCGACGUUUCUAAGGAUUAGCAUAUAUCGAGGACAUCCGAGUAACCGGGCGCGGAGAAAUUGUACGGAGCCUGGAAAGCUGAUUAGGCUGCCGGAUUCGGUGGCUGAGCUGAAGAGCAUUGCCGGAGAGAAAUUCGGUUUCGAUGCGACGAAUGCUGUGGUGACGAACGAUGAAGGUUCGGAAAUCGACUCUGUUGAAGUGAUUAGAGACAAUGAUAAAGUGUUUAUAGUCGAGAAUUUAGAUGAGAUUCUGUAGAUCUUCUCAACGUUGUUAUAUUUUGAAUUCCAAAAAGAUAUAUAUAUUGUGAAAAAUCAUUGUGAUUCUUGACUUAAUUGAUUAAAAUUUGGGUCUGUUUA